AUGCGCACGAUCGGUCAACACGUGAAAGCGGUCGGCAUGGCGCAGAAAACCGAGGAGAAGGAGCUUGAGCUGGACCGGGCGCAGGUCAAAAAGGCCGUGCAAGCUCUGCAGGCUUUUUUGAAAUCCAAAUCCACCCCAGACUCGCUCUUCUUGAAUGAAGCUCAGCAAAUCUGCCUCCUCUUCACCCUCUGGAAGAUUCCCAAAGAGGCGCAGCGCAUCCGCAUCCCUCUGCCCCACGGCCAGUGGCCUGACGCCAACGAAGUGUGCCUGUUCACCAAAGACGAGCCCAACAUGAGCCCGGAGCAAACGCAGAGGUUCUAUAAGAAGCUGCUGGAGGAGAAGGGCGUCCAAAGGAUUUCUGAGAUCAUCCCAUACAAGAUGCUGAAGACUGAGUACAAACCCUACGAGGCCAAACGCCGCCUGCUGAGAAACUUUGACUUCUUCCUGUCUGAUGACCGCAUCCGACGUCUGCUGCCCUCUCACCUUGGCAAACACUUCUACGAGAGGAAGAGAGAGCCGCUUUGUGUGAACCUGAUGAGCAAAACUCUUGCCAGAGAUGUCGAGAGUAUCGUUCAGGGCACCAGCCUGAAGGUGUCCAACAGAGGCUGCUGCUGCAUGGCACGUAUCGCCCACUCCGGUAUGACGACAGAUGAGGUCACAGAGAACAUUGAGACCGCCGUUAAAACGGUGGUGGCGAAACUACGAAUGAACGGACCAGUGAUGAAGCUCAUCCACCUGAAGAGCCAGUCCUCAGCGGCUCUGCCCAUCUACACGUCUGACCUGAGUCACCUCACCAUGCUGGAGGACGCACGCAGACAGGCCAAGGCUGCCCGGGAAGAGAAAGCUGCAGCCAAAAAACAGGCAAAGAAGGACAAAGAGCCGAACACGACAAGCGACACAAAGACAGACGCUGCUGCAGGAGAGAAGAGAAAGAGCAAGGAGGAGGAGGAUGAUGAUGAUGAGAUCCCACAGCUUGUUCCUAUAGUAACACCAGCCAAAAGGCCCAAACAGGAGAAACCAUCCGAGAAGAAGAAGCUGGGGAAGACUGGCAAGUUGGUGAAAAUCAAGAGCGUUCAAAACAGACGGAACCAGGCGGGCAGAAAGGGCGUCCCCCAGAAAAGCAAGCGAAAAAUGUCAAAAUCGAAGUGAUUCAGGUGCACAGAGCUUCUCUGUUAACGCCGGACUGGCCUGCAGUCGGUAUACGGUCGAUAUAUUCAGAGAAACUGUCCUCUUACUCACUUGGCAAGCAAGUUAUGGAACUGAAUGGUGUGAAAUCGUCAUUCCUCCACCUUUAUAACUGAGCAUAUUAAGCCUUUUGUAAAAACAGAAAUUUUAUAAAAUUAUAGUUAUUUGCUGAUAUUUUCACGUCGAGGUGUAGGAAGUAUUGGAGACGCCAAACUCAAGAGUUUCUUAUUCAGCGAGGGGAAUUAAAUUAGAUUGUCGCUGUCUUGUUAGGUAGUGUUAUCUAUCUGUCAGAAACACACAACGCCAAUCUAAUUUAACAGCCAUUUAUGCAGGACAAUAAGGUCGAUUACCACUGCCUUUUGUGUUACCGUCGGUCCGUUACUGCAUUGCAUAUAUACACAUAAUAAAUGUUCUCUGU